AUGGCGUUACGAUCUACUUUUCUACUCUUCUUCGUUCUCGCUCUAUCCACAGAGGAGAGUUUAGCCUCUGUUUUCUCCUCAAAGCUGAUCCAUCGCUUCUCCGACGAAGGCAGAGCUUCGAUUAGGACUCCGACGUGGUCGGAUUCGUUACCGGAGAAACAAAGCUCCGAGUAUUACCGGUUGCUCACGAGUAGUGAUUUCAGAAGACAGAGAAUGAAUCUCGGUGCUAAGUUUCAGUCACUUGUUCCAUCAGAAGGAAGCAAAACGAUUUCUACUGGAAAUGAUUUUGGAUGGCUACACUACACAUGGAUCGACAUUGGGACUCCAAGUGUAUCGUUUCUUGUGGCUUUAGAUACUGGAAGUGAUCUACUUUGGAUUCCUUGCAACUGUGUGCAAUGUGCUCCUUUUAAAUCCACUUACUAUAGCAGCUUGGCUACUAAAGAUUUGAACGAGUAUGAUCCGUCGAGUUCAAGCACCAGCAAGGUGUUUUUGUGCAGCCAUAAGUUGUGUGGAUCAGCUCCAGAUUGUGAGAGCCCGAGGGAGCAGUGCCCUUAUACUGUGAACUACGCUACUGGAAAUACCUCGAGCUCUGGAUUACUUGUUGAGGACAUCUUACAUCUUACGUCUAAUGCCAACAAUAGAUUGAUGAACGCUUCCUCCUCUGUCAAGGCUCAAGUUGUUAUAGGAUGUGGUAAGAAGCAAAGUGGGGUAUUCUUGGAUGGGGUUGCUCCUGAUGGUUUGAUGGGUUUAGGACUUGGAGAAAUCUCGGUUCCAAGUUUUCUUUCUAAAGCAGGGCUCAUGCGAAACUCUUUCUCGAUGUGCUUUGACGAGGUAGAUUCAGGAAGAAUUUACUUUGGUGACAUGGGACCGUCGAUGCAGCAAUCAACACAAUUCCUUCCGCUUGACAACAAAUAUGUAACCUACACUGUGGGUGUGGAGGCUUGUUGUAUUGGCAAUUCGUGUCUGAAGCAGACGAGUUUCAGAACGUUUAUUGACAGUGGACAAUCAUUUACAUUUCUACCGGAGGGAAUAUACCGAAAAGUUGCACUUGAGAUUGACAGACAUAUAAACGCUACGAUUAAGAGGGUCGAAGGUGGCUCAUGGGAUUAUUGCUAUGAAACUAGUGUUGAGCCGCCAAAGGUACCAGCGAUCAAACUCAAGUUUUCGCACAAUAAUACAUUCGUGAUUCACAAACCUUUGUUUGUACUCCAACAAACUCAGGGGCUUGUCCAAUUUUGCUUGCCUAUCAGUUCUAGUGGACGAGGAGGCACAGGAAGCAUUGGACAGAAUUACAUGAGAGGAUAUCGAAUGGUUUUCGAUAGAGAGAACAUGAAGCUAGGCUGGUCAGCCUCUAAAUGUCAAGAGGAUAAGAUAGAGCCGCCUCAAGCUUCACCGGGAAGUACUUCAUCGCCAUAUCCAUUGCCAACAGAGGAGCAGCAAAGCAGAAGCCACGCGGUUUCGCCAGCAAUUGCGGUAUUUACACCGAGAUAG